AUGGACCUUUUCGAAGAGCUUCCGUAUAUGCUGGGUGUAUAUCGACGGAAGUUGAACUCUGCUGUCCGAAUGGAUACACGCUCGAAAGCAAAGGCAGCCCCACCAUAUCACAUCUACACCACAUCUCCACAUAACAAAGCCUGUCUGUUAGGACAAGACUCUACAGAUCACAGUAAUCGCAGAGCGGGAGAGCAAAAGCUUCUCGAAGCGGUCAUCAGAAUUGACCUCUCCUCUGCAGACUGGUAUGUACUCAAAGAGACGGCAACUACAGAUCUACUUUUCCGGCUUCUCCGACUAGACGUUGAAAAGGGACUUGAGCCGCAGGCUUUCCUCGCCCAUGACAUGAAGAAGAAGAUAAUCGCAAUAGGGGCUAUGGAUGUUGUAUACCGGAACACGAGAGCCAUCAUUGUGGCUCUUGAGGACGUACAGCUGAGCCGGGAGGCAGCAAUGGCAAUCAAGGAUUCGACGGCAUCGGCACGGACACCUCUGACACGUAUCUCAGUAUCGUAG